CAAAUCCCAGCUCAAUUUGUUCCAAACCUUCGAAACAAUGUCUUUUUCAGCGCCAAGAAAACAAACCCUUUUCAUAUUAUCUCUUGUAAUUCUCUGGUAUACUUCCAACAUUGGUGUUCUUUUACUCAACAAGUACUUACUCUCCAAUUAUGGCUUCAGGUUCCCAAUCUUCCUUACAAUGUGUCACAUGUCAGCUUGUGCAAUUCUUAGUUAUUUCUCCAUUGCGUUUCUCAAAAUUGUUCCCUUACAACCUAUCAAAUCAAAGUCUCAGUUUUUCAAGAUUGCAACUUUAAGUGCCGUGUUUUGUGGGUCUGUUGUGGGUGGCAAUAUUUCGCUCAGAUAUCUUCCUGUUUCGUUUAAUCAAGCUGUGGGUGCUACGACACCCUUUUUCACUGCUUUGUUCGCUUAUUUGAUGACCCUUAAGAGGGAGGCUUGGGUUACCUAUGCUGCCCUUGUGCCUGUUGUUGCUGGUGUUGUCAUUGCUAGUGGGGCAAGAACAGAAAAUUCCAGAAACUGUAAAUCGUUUUCUAGUUGGAAAAACCAAUCAGCAUGUGCAACACAAGUGCCAGGGAGGAAGAAAGCGUGUCACUGUUCAUCCACACGAGUGGGUGAGCCAGGUUUUCAUUUAUAUGGAUUUAUAAUGUGCAUUAGUGCAACUGCAGCAAGGGCCUUCAAGUCUGUUCUUCAGGGUAUCCUGCUUUCUUCUGAAGGAGAAAAGUUGAACUCAAUGAAUUUGAUGCUGUACAUGUCCCCAAUUGCAGUGAUAGUUUUAUUGCCUGCAGCACUUGUAAUGGAGCCCAAUGUGUUAGAAGUCACCUUGUCCCUUGCAAAACAACAUAAUUUUUUGUGGCUGCUUCUUCUCAUUAAUUCAACAAUGGCCUACUCAGCAAACUUGUUAAACUUUUUGGUGACGAAACAUACAAGUGCGCUAACGCUUCAGGUAUUAGGCAACGCAAAGGGUGCAGUGGCAGUUGUAAUCUCAAUACUCCUAUUCAGAAAUCCUGUGACAUUCAUUGGAAUUGCUGGCUACACAAUGACGGUUAUGGGGGUGGUUGCGUAUGGAGAAGCAAAGCGGCGAUUUCGGUGAACCAUUCACUGGUUGCAGAAAUUUGGUUUAGGUUAGGUGAGUGUUGUUUUGAUGAAGAAGGUAGCGAGGUUGGAGAGACGGGAGUAUUGGUUUAUUUAGAGAUAGAGGGAAGAGUGUGUGCAUGUACCUUUUUUAUUAUGUACACGAACAUAUAUGCCUUUGUAUCGCCUUCUAUCUUCAUUUAUUCAUAAGAGCAAAGAAUAACAAUUA